AUGUCUUCAAAGGCUACGAGGUUGGGUUUACCACUCAAACGCUCUGGCUCAUUUCUGAGCUCGGCGGAAGCUGCCGUAAAAUCACGACGGCAUAUUUCGUCCGCCGCCCUCGUUGCACGAAGUCAUCAGCGUCGUCUUCCAUCUUCAAAGUCGCCCUCCGCUGCAGCAAAUCCACCCUCUUCCACAAGUACGCCUUCAUCCUUCUUUACUCCGUCAUUGUGUCGAAUCCGCAAUGCUUCGACAUCUACUCCCCCAAAGACCUCUUCCGCUCUCGAUUGGAAUACCUUCUUCCGACUACGCACCUCCCGACGACGAUAUGCUCUUACAUCCUCGAUCGUCACAUCAUUCGCAUCUACCGCGGCAGCAGUGAUUGCUUUCUCCGAAGUACCUGGCUUCGCUGAUAACGUCACCAAAUUGAUUCCUACCGAUCCUUUUACCAGCAUGGGAAUUGCCACAUUUGGCGCGACCUUCUUAGGAUGGCUCAUCGGCCCAGCCUUUGGGAAUUCUCUUUGGAGAUUACUUCAUCGUAGCCGCCUACCGGAAUUCACCAUAAAGGAACGAGGCUUUUUCGAAAGAAUAAAGAAGCAUAGAGUCAACCCAAGUGGUGCGAGCACAAACAACCCUGUCCCUGACUUUUACGGUGAAAAAGUGGGAAGCGUGGCCGGGUAUCGACGCUGGUUGAAGGAUCAAAGGGCUUUCAACAGGAAGAAAGAGAGAAGUUAUCCCAGCACGACAUAG